AUGGCUAGCGGCUCUCUACCGCAGUCUCUAUCCGUUCAAGGCACGGCCGCAACCAAUGGCGGCCAGAGCUUCGGCGGUCUCAACCUUGGAACCAUCAACUAUGCCAGCAACGGAAACAGAUUUGGGUUGGACCCGACAGAACAAGCGGCCAUCGCGUGUCGCGACGCGCUCUUCCUCACCGAUCCUUACGUCGACCGUGAGAGCGUGAUCAGCGCGAAAGGUACGAGAGUCGCCGGCACCUGCGAGUGGAUUACACGCAACGAGCGUUACCGGGCCUAG